UUAUAUACAGAGGUAGAAGCAUUGACUGGUGUUAUAACUGCGCAUCCUCUGUCUGGACAGAAACCCUGAAGUGAUCUACUCUGUGGUUUUCAACAUCAGGAGUACUAACAUUAAGCAUGGCACUAUUCGUAUUGUGGACAGCACUUCUUGUCUCGAUAUUAGAAAUCGUUUUGGGCGAAGUCCCUGUCUCGUAUCCCGCCUCAGGUAUGGUAUCCAACUCAAUAACGACUUCUCCCGCCGGAAAAUACGUGCACCAAUACACCGCCCCAUACAGGGAAUCACCGAGCUAUGGUGUACAGACCGGAUACGAGGGAUACCUGAUUCCUGCCCCACUAGCGGACACAACUGGUUCUGAAGAAGAAGGCGGUUUCUUGAACUUCCUUACCGAUUUGGGAGAACAGAUAGGAGAACUGGGAGGACAAGGAGGUUCCGGUGGCCAUGAACCCCACAGCGUGUUUCCAUAUCGUCAAUUUUUACUGUUGCCUCUCCUGCAUAAGCUAAUCUUGCCUCUGAAACUGCUGGCCAAACUCGGCCUCUGGCUCUUCGCUCCUCUGUCCCUGGUGCUACUCGGUGGCGCCCUCACUGUGGGCGUCUGCGUCUUCACGCCUGUCUGCACGCUAAGCUUCCUUGGCUUCGGCUUCACAAGGGACACCGUUCGCACAUUUAUCAACGAAGACAGGCUUGCUUCCAUCUCGACAUUUGUUACCAGUGCCAUAAACAAAUUCCAGUUGAUGCAGAAGAAACCCCACAAGAAAGAGAUGCUGCUUUCAGCACAGAGGACUAUGAAGUCAGAUCCCCAACAGCAGACAUCGAAAGACGAAGUUCAGAUUGAAACUAAAAGAAGGAGAAAAUAAAUUGAAUUGAAUGAAGAUAAUUGUCUAUUGGGACGUUGCGCCGUGUUGUCUGCUAAAUCUGAUAAGCUUACUGCCUCCAUCAUCAUGGCGCCCUUGUGGUCGAGGAAAAACCUCUCCCCCUUUCUUAACCUGAGGACGGAAGCAGAUAUAGCUUCCGAAACGUAGUGUUUUUAAAGAAAACAGAUGAUGGACAAAGUCCAAGAAUUGUGUAAUCCUGAUCUAAAAAUGUUGUCAUUUUCUAACACAUAAUUUAUUUUACACAGUAAAACAUCUAGAAGACAGUCA